AUGCUAUCGUGUUUGGCGUACAUGGCUCAGUUUGCCGGGAGUUCUCGAACCCGGAUUCCCUUCGCAGCGCCAUUUCUUUCGCCGGUGCUGCCGCUGGCAUGCCUGCAGAGUAUUAUUGCCGCUCCAUCAGAGCGAUUGAAGCUGCUGAUCCAGAUCCAGACGGAUGCGGCUCACACGCGGUACCAAUCACCUCUGCAUGCAGCUCGAACAAUUAUCGCCAAGCACGGCUAUAUGAGCCUCAACAGAGGGUUCUUGGCGACGUUACUCCGUGACUGCCCUGCCUUUGGCAUCUAUUUUGCCUCAUACGAAUACAUGUCACGAAGGAUGAGCAAAGACGGUCAAAUGGAGUCACUCACUGGUCCACAGCUCCUUCUAGCCGGAGGUGAGAGGUUUUCCCAAUAA